ACCCUCAACCUCCAUGGCCACCUCCUCCAAACCCAGUUCACCUACUCCUCCUCCUCGUUCACCAUCACCCACAUCCCAUUCCGACGAUCAUGAAGAUGAAAUUCCAGAAGAACCGCAGACAGAUGAAGAUAUCCAGACAUGCCUCCGCGAUGCCGAAGCACUUAAGGUAGAAGGUAAUGAUCACUUCAGAGCAUCGAGGUGGAACGAGGCACUAGCGUCGUACAGAAGUGCAUUAGGAAGAUUACCAAGGCGAAAGUUCGUGGAGAGGAAGACAAAAGAAGGUGCGAGGGGUAGGAAGAAGUGGGAUAUAAAGGGGAAGGGGAGAGAAGACGGAGACGAGGACGAGGAGAAGGCGAAGGAGAGUGUGGAUGCUGCAGUAUCGAGCAGCAGUGUGCAAGCAGAGCCAGGAGAGGCUUCCGGGGCGGCUGAAGAGAAGGAAGACAAGGCAGAGGAGAAGGAGGAACCUGUGAAGCUUAGUCCGCUCGAGAUGGAGUGUGCAAAGGCAAGAUCUGUGCUAAAUGCCAAUAUUGGGGCAUGUCACAUCAAGCUGAAAGAGAAUGCCGCAGCGGUAGAGGCUUGUACGGAAGCCCUUCUGGACGAUCCAUCUUACAUCAAGGCGCUUCAACGACGAGCUCAAUGUAACGAAGCCCUUAACACUUGGUCUUCAUUGACCAAAGCUCAAGAAGACUACACAACCCUGCUCGACCUCCUUCCUGACUCUUCCCCACAACUCCGAGACGUAAACCGUGCCCUCACACGGCUUGGACCUCGAAUCGAGGUAGCACAGAAGCAGGAGCUGGAAGAGAUGAUGGGCAAGUUGAAAGGGUUCGGGAACAGUCUUCUUGGCAAGUUCGGUCUAUCGACGGACAACUUCAAGUUUGAGCCGAAUGGACAAGGAGGGUAUUCUAUGAAUUUCGCGCGAUGACUGUUGUACUCUACAUGUAUUUUACAUUGCGAGCUAUGGGACGGACGUUAGAAGGUAUAUUGACCUCCUGGCGGCGAAAGACCAGUAAUGACGCCGAACUAGUUACCGCCUCAUCCACGACCGACUUCGGCUAAUGCGGGGCCAACAGAGAGCUCUGCUCUGUAGAAUCCACGCGGUGUGCAGGCGUCGGCGAUUGUUGUCGUGGGAGGGAUGUUGUUGGAGUUUGGUUCCCCGCAACUGUCAAGACAUCUCAAUCUUUCUUGCGGGUCGCCCCUGCUUCCUUCCGUGAAGCAUCAAUGACUUCGGUACCUGUAAGGUCAGCGUAUCCUCCAGCGAACGAUCCGGGGCCAGAACACCCCAACCGGAGCCCUUCUCCUUGACUUUCGCAGCGUGAGUUUGUUUGGGCCUUGAAACCAUCGGUCUAUGUACCAUCUCCUCCCUCGCAAGCUUCUCCUGCUCCGUAAACCAUCGCAAACUAUCCACGGUGUCUGGAUGUUCCUCCCCAAGCACUUUCCUCCUCCCCUUCACCACCUGACUACUAAUCUCCGCCGCCUCUGCAUACCUGCCAGGCCGCGCAAUUGCGAGGGCCAGAUUCUGCAUGGUCAUCAACAUUGACACGUCAAGAUCUUCACAUCCCUCUCUUGGCCGCGUAAGGCUCCUCUGCUUCUCCAGAAGCUUCCGACACAUCAACUCCGCUUCUGCCCUCCGUCCCUGGACGAGAAUUGAAAACCCCAACCACGCAUAACUCUCCAAUGUCUCCUCAUGCGUCUCCCCCAGCACCUCCAAACGUGCUCGAAACGCCUCCUGAAACAGAUGCUCUGCCUUUCCAUACCACUCCGGUCCUUGAUUCAAUAUCGAAAGGCCAAGGCCGUGU